ACGUGCAGCACAGCUGACAGCUUCCCGAGAGAAAUUCGAGGGGCUGGAAGGACCUUCGUGAGGAAUUUCGGCCUCCUGGCUUCGUGUGAGCCUAACAAAAGAGUGCAGGGAACGUGCUACCAGCAACUACCUUCAGGUGGUACCCAGCAAUGCGCAUGGCUGGCCUCAGUUUCAUCGGUACGGUGCUGUUGUCGAGCUCUGCGGCAUUUCCAACAACGCGUCUACCUAGUCGCAACUGGCCUCAGCAUUGCGCCUACGGAGUGUUCGACUACGAUGUCGUCGUCGAACCAGUUGUCGAGAAUGCCGUGAACAAGGCAAAGGACAAUUUUGAAAUCCCGCUCGCUGGCGCGGCCGGUGACUACGAGUACGGUCCCUUCACUAUGUCCGCAUUGCAAUUGCAGCCGAUGAAGAGACGCCUUUGCAGAUGCAGCGACGGGGAUGAGAACAGUUUCUACGCGCUCUACAACACUUCCGUGACAGUGAGCGUCCCGUGGAAACUUGCGACACCGGCAUCUGACACGACCAAGGCGGUCAACGGAACGUUUCGUGCUGACUACAAAAACUCGGUGGUCAUGGUGCGCUUCCGGCUUAUCGAAGGUGCAGACAAGAAGCUGUGUGCGACUAGCGUGAAGGUUUUAUUCUCGGAAAUGAACGAUGUCUACGUUGAGGACGUUACGUUUGCUUUUGAGCCUGUUGCUAGCAGCACCCACGAUCGCGAGGAGUACGCACAGCUGGCAGCAGAAACAUAUAACUCGGUGCAUGUAUGGCUUGAAAGACACCUUCACGGGCUUGGUGAGAAGAUUUGCUUCAGUUUAGCAUAA